CCGCUCUGACACUGACUACUUCCAGCUAACUAGCUACCAAUUACACCUAACUGACACUUUGAAAUAUAUGAAAACUACUCAACAGGAUUCGGAGUUUCCAUCUCCCGCAUCCCCUUGAACCUGAAUUUUCAGCAUUAUAGGAAGAUCUAACUUUCUAUCAGCAGUCCCUACCUUUUACUGUGAGAGCUUUAAAAAAAAAAAAAAACAUUUAGAUCAACUACACAGUAUCAUCCUUUCUGCUGCUGUGAUUCACAGAAAUGGCUCAAGAUAUGACAGAGAAAGAUCUGCUAAAGAUGGAAGUGGAGCAGCUGAGAAAAGAGGUCAAAACAGAGAGGAUAAUGGUUUCCAAAUCUAUACCUGAAAUUAAAUCAUACAUUGAAUCCCAUAUGUCAGAAGACCCUUUGGUAAAAGGCGUGCCAGAGGAUAAGAACCCCUUUAAGGAGAAAGGUGGAUGCUUAAUAUCCUGACAAAGGCAAAGAUAAAGUUCAUCACACAAUGUCCAUACAGUGAAAUUCAGCUCUUACCUGUGGCUAAAACCAUAAACAAAAGCACUGAGAUUAUUUCCACCAUUUCCAUUAUAUGGCGACAUAACUAAAAUGCAUGAUUUUGCAUUUUUUAAGUCCUUCUGUAUUCAGGCUCAUACAGGUAGAGAUGGAUGAAAAAUACCAAAUAAAUAUUUCUAUCUAUGCAAAAUUGUUUUUACA